AUGACAACCAUUUCUGCUGGAACACACCCCGGAUUUGAUAAUGCACCCGUGACAAAGGGCCUUCUUUUAUGUGUUGGUGGUUGCUCGUUAGUUGCAUAUUUUCUUGAAUGCAGACAUUUAACUCAUUUACAACUCAUUCCUAAUUUGACGACAGAGUAUGAGUUUUGGCGAUUAAUAACAUCACAAUGUAUUACUACAACCUCGGGUGAUUAUUUUUUUGGAAGUUUAGUAAUGUAUCAAUUAAGGGUGAUUGAACGCCAAUUUGGAUCAUCAAAAUAUGCGGCAUUCUUUUUAGUAACAUCUGCUUUGUCGACGAUCUUCGAAAUUGGAGCACUUGCCGUUGGCAGAAAAUAUGGAUUGACAUCUAUUCCGGCAGGGCCUUAUGGUUUCAUAUUUGCAGCACUUUAUCAAUUUUAUAAAAUAAUUCCACCUAGCAGUCAUUACACUUUUCUUGGCAUUAAUAUUAGUAACAAGGCAUCCGUAUAUUUUCUGACCGCUUUACCGUUUAUAGCUUUUCAGUCACCUUCAUCACUCGUUGCAGCAAUGUGUGGGAUUUUGGCAGGAGUAAUAUAUCGAAGCAAUUUACUAAAUAUAAAAGAGUGGCGUUUGCCUCAGUUUAUAAAUCGAUUUGCAUCAAGAUUUAUUUUACCCAUAUUAUCGACAACGCCACGUCGUCGUUCACCAGCAAUAGUACUGGAUCAAAGGGCGCAGCCAGUACAAGACAGAGCGAGAAAUCCAUCUUCCACGUCAUCCGUAACUCGGCAACCAAUCAUAAAUGAAGAAUAUGUAGAUAAUUUGCGAUCGAUGUUUCCACAACGAUCGCAAGAAACUAUAACACGUGCACUUCUUUUAUCUGACAAUGAUAUUAAUAGAGCAGCUCAAUUUCUACUUGAUCAUCCAUAA